AAAGCCACUCCCUCCUGCCAUUCACUCUCUCCCGCUGCCAGCAGCAGCUCACUCUCUCUCUCUGCGUGCGGUUCUUGUCCGCCUGAUUAAAAUGGACCAGGACUGGCGAGCUUUGGCCACACGGCGAGCCGAAUACGUGUCCGACCGUAUCCGCGGGCUGCUGUCCUCCGGCUCGGACUUCCUCCGGGCCGAGCUGGGGCUUGAUCUGGGGAUAAAGCCGGAGCAGUACCCGUCGUGGCUGAUUCUGAGCGCGGCGCUGCUCGGGCUGACUGUGCUGGUGCUGCUCGCGGCCUGUGGACGGAGGAAGCGCCGAGCUGCGCCCGUUCCUGUGAGACCCAGCCCCGCCGCUGCCGAGACCCCGGUGAAGGCCGCCCUGCCACCGAAGACGGUCAAGACCGAGCCGAGCGAACCGAAAAAGAAGAACAAAAAGAAAGCAGCCGAGAAGCAGAAGGCCCAGGCGAAUGGACAGACCGUGUCUGAACCUCAGGAGGAAAUCAAAGUCAUCAAGGACACAAAGAAACCUGCUCCUGCAGCAGCGCCUGCGCCUGCACAGACACCUGCUGAUACAAAGACCAAGAAAAACAAAAAGAAACCAAAACCAGAGGUGAAGCCAACCCAAGUUGUUUCCUCCACCGAUGGCAAGGAACCUGAUGAAGCAGGUGCUUGGGAAACCAAGGUCAGUAAUCGAGAAAAACGUCAGCAGCGCAAAAAAGAGAAGGGCCCUGGUGACAGCUCUGGGAGCCCUGUGGGUGGAGAUCGCACCAGCCAGAAGGUAGAGCAACCUGCGGUUACAGCCCCAGCUGGCACCAAAAAAAACAAAGAGUCAUCACGUGCCAAGGCCUCGAAGGGUGAUGUCAUUAUAGCCCCAGUGACAUCUAACUGUAAUGAUGUGAACUCUGUAAAUGGUGGAGGAUGGACAGAGAUUCCUGUAAAGUCAACCCAGACAAAUGCUUUAAACAAUAAGAAGUUGUCUGUUGGGAAAAAGACCCCUGCGCACAAGAACCGUGAGAACUCCACCUGGAAACAAGAACCAGAGGGGCCGUGGACUGGUUUGGAUGGUAGAAUUAAGGCAGAACCGAAACCAGUGAACAUGCUCAGACCGAACCCAUCAGGUGGAGAGACUGGGACUAAAUCUAACAGUGAUAGCAGCCAAUGGGACAGUGGACGCAUCAGUGAAUGGUCCAGCUUAAAUGGUCUUCCCACUGGGGACUCCUCAGACUGGAAUGCUCCAACUGAGUUAUGGGAGAAUUAUGAAGAUCCUAAAGGAGAUGCCCCUGUUUUGAAAGAGAUUCCAAUUUCCAAGACACUUUUGGAAUCAAAUGGUGACAAUGACAAGGCAGACCCUGCAGGAGUUGGGAAAUCCAAAAGGAGAAAGAAAAAGAAGAGACCAGAGGAAGUCGGUUCAGCCGCUGAGGUGACUCAAGUAGGUUCUGCUCCUGCAGAGAAGAUUGUGACUGUCAAGCCUCAUCCUCCUCAUGUUCCAAAGGAUGAGGGAUCCAAGCAAAACAUCCCUCCACAGUCUUCACAAAAGAAAUCUGAUCAGAAUUGGGAACCACCGAAGCAAGUUCAGAAGAAAAAGGCCAGGAGAGAAACAUGAACCAUGAAAAACAUCCAGGAUAGCUUAUGCAAAUGUGAUUAUGCAAUAAUUUCACAGUACAGAAUUUUAUACUGAAUAAAUUUACUGUGCUUUAAAAAAAAAAAAAAAUAAAAAAAAAAAAAAUCAAAAAUAGAAACAAAACUGGGUUGGAAGAGCUCAGCGCAAGGAAAAAAAAAGAAAUCUAGAGUAACGGUGAGCAUUCUGUUGGCUGGAACACUAUGUAUGUGCACUAUUAAGCUACACUGAGGUUUGCUGAGGAAUACUUAUCAUCCUUGAUAUCAGACAUGCUUUAAGUGGAGCAAAACAUUCACGAUCAUUGUCAAGUUGGAGUGUUGAAUUUAAUUUGGGAAAUUUUAAGGAUCUACCUUCGUUCCAUCAAUUACUGUUCCUGUGACACUUUAUUACUGCUAAAUUGCACUUUGCAGUCCAGCAGUCCCAAAAUACCCUCAGAAACCACAAGAAACAACAGAGAGACCCUGCGAGCCGGCGUCUCCUCCAGCAGUACUUCUGUGACAUCAGCUUGAGCAGUAAGAGGUGAAUUACUGUAAUCCUGUAAUCGCUGUGUUGGAAAACCAGAGAACGGUUAUAUUACAGAGAAUUGUUUUUAAUGCUAAACCUAUUUUCUUAGAGCUUUUCUUCCGUCCUUAUUAUAUAUACAUUACCCAUAUAAUUGGGUAUGUGGAUCUUAGAGAUGAGUAAUGACUCUUCCCUUUUUAAUCAACUGCUAGUUGAAUCCAAUGCUUUAUUUCCUGCAAAUUAAAGUAGAAAAAGCCACGCCAUAUGUAUAGAACUAUAAGGGCUUUUUUUCUAUGGUGAAACUCUUUAUAAUUGCACUGUGCUGAAGGUUGUAAAAUACCAUGUCUAUUUACCCUUUUUUUUUUCUUGCAUAAUGUGAACAUUUAAUUUUUGUUCUUGUUUGUUUUGACUGAGCAAGUUAGUAGGCUUAUAUGAUUUUGAUCGGGAUUUUGAUUAUGAUUAGCGCAGCUUUAAUUCCAUGACACUAAAACAGUAUCAGUAUCAGGAAUCUGUUGCCUUAAUCUAUACUUCGUAGUGUAUGCUUUCUGUUCUCUUCCUCUUUUUGAAGUCUUUUUUUAACAGGUUUGGCAUUUUAUUUCAUUUCAGAUUUGAUUGAUGUUAGUGUUGCACUUGCAUGAAUUUAAUAACCAUUCAUAGUGAUGAACAGCGCCCUGAUUCUCUGUCCACUCGUGCAAGUACCACUCACUGUAAAUAGGCUUUAAUGAAUGAUAGAUGAUGAUGAUGAAUGGAUGUGGGGUGGGUUUGAGAGGGGGGAUUUUAAAUGCAUAUUCAUAUUUGGGUUGACUUUGUGUUGUUUUGCCCAUGGUCGUUUUGUAAAUUUCAGUAGAUCAUGUGUUUCUGAGGCACUCAUCGGAUGCCUGCCUUAUAGUUUAGCAUUCUAGAGGUUACUCAAACAAUGUAUUUCUACCAGUUUAUGGAAUUAAGAAUGAUCAUGUUUACUUGUAAAUGCAAUAUUUCUAUGUUGAUUUGUUAAAUAAAAGAAGAUUGCUAUUUGAGCUUAGAGCUGUUGAUUUGUUAAAUAAAAAUAAAAUGCUGGUUGGGCUCUGA